GGGGGGGUGACAAAAACGGGAGGGGCCGGACUCCUGGGUUCAGCUCCCAGCCGAGGGGGAGGAGCCGGGCCGGCGAGGGAAUAGAGCAAAGGGAUGGGAAGCAGAACUCCUGGGUUCUUUUCCCUAGUUUUGUCAAUGAGGCCGUUUAGACAAGUCACUUCGUGGUGUAUAAGGUGGGAAUCAUACUUGUGCUUUGAGAUCCUCCCGGGAAAGAACGUACAAUUGAUAAUUCUUGGGCAACAUGACAUUCUACAGCUGUAACAUAGUCCUUGCAAUAGCCAGGUCAAGUUUCAGAGGCCCUCAUCUUCUUGUUCACUCCAGCUGUUCUCCAUAUUCCUCAUCAGUUGCAUUUGUCCAACUAGUGGAUUCUCAUUUAAACCGAAUUUAUAUGAAAGACUCUGAAAACCAGCAGUUACUGUACUGCACACAGCUGGCCUCUGGACUACGAACUAAAGCAGUGAGAACGCUGCACACCUCUGCUUACUGGCAUCAAGAGCUCCAAGAUAAAUCUCAGCUGCACCAAAGGACAAUAAACCAGGACACUGAGCAUGCUAAAACUCUGCCAGACCAAAGCACAGAGACUGGUGUGGGGAAAAAGUCUUUACGCCAAAGAAUUGUGGAUGAACUGAAACAUUAUUACAAUGGAUUCCACUUGCUUUGGAUUGACACAAAGGUCGCUGCCAGGAUGGUGUGGAGGCUGCUACAUGGUCAGGUUCUCACUAGACGAGAGAGGCGAAGGCUACUGAGGACAUGUGCUGAUCUCUUCCGACUGGUUCCCUUCUUGGUGUUCAUCAUUGUGCCCUUCAUGGAGUUCCUGUUACCUGUAUUUCUGAAACUCUUUCCCGAAAUGUUGCCCUCAACUUUUGAGACGGAAUCAAAAAAGGAAGAAAAACAGAAAAAGAAACUAAGUGCCACGUUAGAGCUUGCAAAAUUCCUGCAGGAGACUAUUGCCGAGAUGGCCAAAAGGAACAAAGCAAAUAUGGGAGAGGCCACCGAGCAGUUCUCUUCCUAUGUGCAACAGGUUCGUCAUGCUGGCCACCAGCCCAGCACCCAGGAGAUUGUGCGCUUCUCCAAGCUCUUUGAGGAUGAGCUGACCCUUGAACACUUAGAACGGCCACAACUGGUAGCCCUCUGCAAACUGCUCGAACUACAGCCCAUUGGCACCAAUAACCUACUCCGCUUCCAGCUUUUGAUGCAGCUCAGGUCUAUAAAAGCAGAUGAUGAAAUGAUUGCUAAGGAAGGUGUUAAUGGGCUAAGUGUAUCUGAACUGCAGAGUGCAUGCCGGGCCAGAGGAAUGCGAUCACUGGGUCUCACAGAGGAACAGCUGAAAGAACAACUCAGUCAGUGGCUAGAUCUACAUCUAAAGGAGAAUGUUCCUCCUUCUCUGCUGCUGCUUUCUCGCGCCUUGUACUUGAUAGACAUGAAGCCGAAACCUAUUCAGGUGUCGCAGAAUGAGGUUCGGGUUAGUGAUACUGCUGCGGAAACACCAGUUCUUGAACCUAAAGAAACCUUAGUGGAUUCUGCACCCAUUGUGCAAGGAAGAAAGGGAGAAGAAUUUAUAUCACAGGCAUCUGAGAAGUUACCAAUCCCUGGAGUAUCUGUCAAGCCUCUUCCAGGAGAGACCAAAAUGGAGGCAUCUCAGAGCGGCAAGGCCAGUGCCAAUGGAGUCUAGCCCUGCGCCAGCAAGGACCGUGGAUCAAGGGCACUGACAGAGGAAGACUCCAUUCCUCGUCUAACCCAGUGACUGGGUGAGCAGUGUGUUGGCAGGCUCCCUCCCACACCAAGGCUUUCAGCUGUGCCCAAGGGGCCUUAUCAAUCAAUUCCAGAUUGUUUUAUUAGCAGCGAGGCCAUAUAAAGGACACAUCCCAUUUAAAAUACCCUCUAUAAAUUAAGUUAUAUUGUAAAUAUGUAAAUACGUCUAUUAAAAUGCUCUAAACUGUAACUUAUCCCAUGGCUGUAUGUCCUACAGUUAGGAUUUGUGCUCUUCAGUAAGGCAGCAUUUUAUUUUUAUGAAAGGCUGGAGAGCAGACGUGGACUGGGUUUGGUGCUUCAGUAAAAAUAUCCCUCAUCCACACUGUGGAACCCUGUGCAGGAGCUUUGCCACACAGACAGGGCUUGGCUUGACUGCUGAAGCAAUUUGUAUAGACCACAAGCCCUUGAUUAUCAUAGUAAUCUCCAUUUGUUAGCUAAUAUCUUGUGAUCAGACUGGCUCAUCUAGCAGUUACAAUUAAACUAACAUCAGUUGCUGUCAGGUUUUCACUGAGGAGAAUAAACUGCGCUGGAAGAGACAAAAGAGGAAAGGCCUGCAGUAUCUUCAGUGGGGAGACUGAGAAAAUAACAGUUGAGAGGUUUUGCUGCUCUAUUUUCCUUAUUUAAAGAGGGCGUACUCCAUUGCAUGCUGUGCCUACUUUCUGCCCACAGUUGGCAGCAGCAUGAAGUCUCCCAGGGUCCCAAACACCAUUCUAGUACAAACUUGCAAACAUGCCUUUUACGUGGCAGCAUCUUGCUAGGAAAUGUGCAGAAUGGCAAUGACCUGAGCUUUCAAAUUAAACUGUUUUGUUGUUUUAAAAUGAAGUCUGAAAUUAGACUUGUCUUUUAAAAUCUAAUCAUCUGAUUCUUAAAACUACCCAAUGACGAGUACUGGUGGAAUACUUUUUUAAAACAGUUCUUUGUAUAUUUCAGUGGUAACUAUCUUCCUGGUAGAUUGUAUAGGAAGAGAUUGAAAAGUGUGGGGGUUUUUUAUGAUUUAAUUUUAGCCUCCUGUACCUGUAAAUGGUUAAAAUUUGCUCAUUUUAUGGAUAUAUUGAACCUGGAUAUUUCUGAUUACUGUAAAAUUAAAAGUGGAUGUGGAUGCUGAGUACAAUGUGAGUCAGCCUGAGUCAUUAGAACCAUCACCUGGCUAAAGUAACCAUCAGCUCAGUUAGGCAUUAUCAGCAUGUUACAAUUCAUUACGCCAAGGUCUUUUUGGUAAAGCAGAACCAACUCUGGUGGGGGCCAUAUUACAAUUGUACUGUAUUCUUGGUUAGUAAACCCCAUGUACCAGGAUGAUACAAAUCUCUGCUUUGCUAAUGCAAGUGUUAUAUGAAGAUAAACAGCUGUGGUGUCUUGCUAGUGGUAACAGAAAACCAGUGUAAUUCUAAUAAAUGCCCCGCUGCUCCAGCAUCAGCCUCUCCUUUGGUUAUUUUAAUAAGGAUAUCUGGCUGAUGGUCGUCAUUGCACUUUGUUAGACAAGGGCAGAGGAACCUUUAGCCACUUGCUUGUGUCUUUGAUAAUGAGAACUGGCAAGGAUCAUUUGAACUAGAGAGACCCCAGACUACAUCUGCAAAAAAACUCUCUCCACAAAAACUAAACCAUUGGCUGUUUCUCUUUUCAUCCCUUCAUCAUUCCCAAAGCAUAGGUGGGCUCAAGUCACUAAAAAGCUGUUGUGUUGGUCAUUCUGAAGUCAGUGUAAAUAGCAGUGAAAGAGGGCUGGUGACUUCUGUAGUGGGGGCAGAAUGUGAUAAUUGGAUCUGAUGUUCUCUUUCCAACUUUUUCAAAUUCAGACUUGUGGUACAAGAAGAAGCAGCUCUGUUCCAAACACACCAGCUAGCCUGACAAAACCAUGGUUACAAUGGGGAAAGGGGGGGAAAAAAAUCAAUGAAUUAAUAAGGUAAACAACUCUGUGCCACUCAACGGCUGGCUCCCUAAUAAAUGGGGAAAUAAAUAAAAGUGCUGUCGUGGGGACAGGCUGUCAUAAACAGAUAGUUAAGGGUUAAUGUCUCUUUUACCUGUAAAGAGUUAAGAAGCUCAGUAAACCUGGCUGACACCUGACCAGAGGACCAAUAGGGGGACAAGAUACUUUCCAAUCUUGGUGGAGGGAAGUCUUUGUGCUCUUUGUUUUGGGGGUUGUUCGCUCUUUGGACUAAGAGGGACCAGACGUCAAUCCAGGCUCUCCAAAUCUUUCUGAAUCAGUCUCUCAUGUUUCAGAAUUGUAAAUAACAGCCAGGCAAGGCGGAUUAGUUUUAUUUUUGUUUUCUCAACUUGUAAAUGUCCUUUUUUGCUGAAAGGAUUUUACCUCUGUUUGCUGUAACUUUGAACCUAAGGCUAGAGGGAGUUCCUCUGGGCUAUACGAAUUUGAUUACCCUGUAAAAUAUUUUCCAUCCUGAUUUUACAGAGAUGUUUUAUCUUUCUUCUUUAAUUAAAAGCUUUCUUUUUAAGAA